ACGGAGCCUUUAUCCCAAGAGAAGGUGAGGGAGCUGGGGCAACCAGGACUUUCCCGGGCACCCAAGAUGCGCUCCAUUAGGAAGAGGUGGACGAUCUGCACGAUAAGUCUGCUCCUGAUCUUUUAUAAGACAAAAGAAAUAGCAAGAACUGAGGAGCACCAGGAGACGCAACUCAUCGGAGAUGGUGAACUGUGUUUGAGUCGAUCACUUGUCAAUAGUUCUGAUAAAAUCAUUCGAAAGGCUGGCUCUUCAAUCUUCCAGCACUCUGUAGAAGGUUGGAAAAUCAAUUCCUCUUUGGUGCUGGAAAUAAGGAAGAACAUUCUUCGUUUCCUAGAUGCAGAACGAGAUGUCUCAGUGGUCAAGAGCAGUUUUAAGCCUGGUGAUGUCAUACACUAUGUACUCGACAGGCGUCGGACACUAAAUAUUUCUCAGGAUCUUCACAGCCUCCUACCUGAAGUGUCACCAAUGAAAAAUCGCAGAUUUAAGACCUGUGCAGUUGUUGGAAAUUCUGGCAUUCUGCUCGAUAGUGAAUGUGGAAAGGAGAUUGACAGUCACAACUUUGUAAUAAGGUGUAAUCUAGCCCCUGUGGUGGAGUUUGCUGCAGAUGUGGGAACUAAAUCAGAUUUUAUUACCAUGAAUCCAUCAGUUGUACAAAGAGCAUUUGGAGGUUUUCGGAAUGAGAGUGACAGAGAAAAAUUUGUGCAUAGACUUUCCAUGCUGAAUGACAGUGUCCUUUGGAUCCCUGCUUUCAUGGUCAAAGGAGGAGAGAAGCACGUGGAGUGGGUUAAUGCAUUAAUCCUUAAGAACAAACUGAAAGUGCGAACUGCCUAUCCAUCAUUGAGACUUAUUCAUGCUGUCAGAGGUUACUGGCUGACAAACAAAGUUCCCAUCAAAAGACCCAGCACAGGUCUCCUCAUGUAUACACUUGCCACAAGAUUCUGUGAUGAAAUUCACCUGUAUGGAUUCUGGCCAUUCCCUAAGGAUUUGAAUGGAAAAGCCGUCAAAUAUCAUUACUACGAUGACUUAAAAUAUAGGUACUUUUCCAAUGCAAGUCCUCACAGAAUGCCAUUAGAAUUCAAAACAUUGAAUGUGCUACAUAAUAGAGGAGCCCUGAAACUAACAACAGGAAAGUGUGUGAAGCAAUAAAGCACAUUUGAAAACAUACAAACAAACUGAAUAUGCACUUCUUUUCUGAAGAUGCUUCCUAAGAUUUGAAAAUAGGAUCCAGAACAAGACUGAGUUUCAGUAUCCACCAAUUAUCUGAAAGGUGAUAAAGGACAUUUAUGAGAAAUCCGCUACCAGCUGAUGAAAUACCUGCAAAGUGCUCUAAAAAACAUAUUUCGACUUCAAGGGUCCUAGUAAGUGCCACUUCCACUAAGAACACAGUUUGAAUGUAUAAUCAGUAGUGUUUACAAGAUCCAACAAUGCACUUGUUAUUAGUUAAUGAGGCAAAUAUGUUCAUCACUGUUGGGCUGCCACGGCAAUGCCAAGCACAUUAGAAGAGUAACCCAGCCCUGGGGAUUAAACCAUCCUUGUCAGAAGAAAUCAAGAUGGAAAUAGUUGGAGCAGUGAAAUCCAUAAGAUUAAACAACUCAAGUAAAUGCC